GUUUUCAAAAUGGUUAGAUCAACACAGAUUGCACGGCUUGAUGGCCUUAUGCUGGCUGCCUCGGUGGAUGACGAGCAGGCUGAGUCUGAGCUCUCUGAAAUCAAGAGCCAGGCCAAGAUGAUUUUCCGGCGGUUGAACCGCAACUCCGCACCGCAGGCUAGCAUUGAGUCUGGUCAAUACAAUCUCCACUACACAAUCCAAGACGACGUCUGCUUCCUCUGCAUCUGCGACCGCUCCUACCCCCGCAAACUCGCCUUCACUUAUCUCGCUGAUCUGGCCUCCGAAUUCACCACCACCUACACCCAAUCACAAUACCUCUCUCCCACUCUCCGCCCUUAUGCCUUUGUUGAGUUCGAUACCUUCAUUCAGCGCACAAAGAAGUUGUACCAGGACAGCCGUGCCUCGCAAAAUCUGGACAAGUUGAACGACGAGCUGCGCGAUGUUACCAAGGUCAUGACUAAGAACAUCGAGGACCUGCUCUAUCGUGGUGACAGCUUGGAGCGGAUGGGCGAGCUGUCCGGUCGACUGCGGGAGGAUAGUAAGAAGUAUCGAAAGGCAGCGGUGCGCAUCAACUGGGAAUUGUUGGUGAAGCAGUACGGGCCUUUCGCCGGCGUCGGGUUUGUCGUGCUCAUUUUGCUCUGGUGGCGGUUCUUCUGA